CCGAGGUUUUUGUGUGGGCGGGCUUUAGCGCUCAGCCCCGGGAUCGAGCUCCUGCGCUUCGUCCGCUUUACCCUCCUUCACCUCCUUCACCAUCACCUCCUCGCACCGUGUUCCCAUCCUGCGGCCUCACAGCUCUGAAGCUCGUCUCUUGCAGACAUGGCAGCCCAGUGUGUCACGAAGGUGGAGCUGACCGUGUCCUGUGAGAAUCUGCUGGACAAAGACAUCGGCUCCAAGUCGGACCCCCUGUGUGUCCUGUUGAUGAGCAGCUCGGACUCUAAGUGGUAUGAGUUGGGACGCACGGAGAAAGUCCAGAACUGCCUCAGCCCGAAGUUUGCCAAAAAGUUUGUCAUCGACUACUACUUUGAAAUCGUGCAGAAGCUGAAGUUAGGGGUUUACGACAUCGACAACAAGACCGUUGACCUGAGUGACGAUGACUUCCUGGGGGAGCUGGAGUGCACCUUGGGCCAGGUUGUGUCCAGUAAAAAACUGACCCGACCGCUCGUCUUGAAGAACAAGUCUCCUGCAGGAAAAGGGACCAUCACAAUAAAUGCAGAGGAAAUAAAGGACAACAGGGUGGUGAAUUUUGAGGUGCAAGCAAGGAAACUUGAUAACAAGGAUUUCUUUGGGAAGUCCGACCCGUACCUGGAGUUCUACAAGCAGACACCAACUGGAUGGCAGCUGGCUCACAGGACGGAGGUGGUGAACAACAACUUGAAUCCAACAUGGAAACCCUUUCGAAUCCCCCUGCAGUCUCUCUGUGGAGGAGAAAUGGACAAAUCGAUAAAAGUCGAGUGUUACGACUAUGACAACGAUGGUUCUCAUGAUCUCAUUGGAGCCUUUGAGACCACGAUGACACGCCUCCAAGAAGCAACACAGUCUUCUCCGGCAGAGUUUGAUUGCAUCAACAGUAAGAAGAAACAGAAGAAGAAAGGCUACAAGAACUCUGGGGUUGUGAGCGUAAAGCUUUGCAAGGUGGUGAAGGAGUAUACAUUCCUGGAUUACAUCAUGGGAGGCUGUCAAAUAAACUUCACUGUGGCUAUCGACUUCACAGGCUCCAACGGGGAUCCCAGGUCUCCUCAGUCUCUCCACUACAUCAGCCCUCAGGGUGUGAACGAGUACCUCUCCGCUAUCUGGUCUGUGGGCAACGUCAUCCAGGACUAUGACAGUGACAAGAUGUUUCCUGCCUUUGGCUUUGGAGCCCAGAUUCCUCCCACAUGGCAGGUUUCGCACCAGUUUCCUCUUAAUUUCAACCCAGCAAAUCCAUUCUGUACAGGUGUUGAAGGGGUGGUAGAUGCCUACAGGGUCUGUUUGCCCCAAGUCAAACUCUACGGCCCCACCAACUUCUCCCCUAUCAUCAACCACGUGGCGUGCUUCGCUAAUCAAGCCCUCAAGCAGAGCACUGCAUCUCAAUACUACGUUCUGCUCAUCAUCACUGACGGAGUGAUCACAGACAUGGAUGACACCCGCAACGCCAUCGUCAAUGCCUCCCGUCUGCCCAUGUCAAUCAUCAUUAUCGGAGUAGGGGGGGCAGACUUCAGUGCCAUGGAGUUCCUGGAUGGAGACGAUGGACGCCUGCGUUCUCAGACUGGAGAGACGGCCAUGAGAGACAUCGUCCAGUUUGUGCCAUUCAGGCAGUUCCAAAAUGCUCCAAAAGAAGCGCUUGCGAAGAGUGUGUUGGCAGAAGUUCCAGGUCAGCUGGUGGAGUUUUUCAAUAUCAUGAAGCUGAAUCCACCCGUCUCUAACCCUGGACCAAACCCUGCACCAAACCCUGCAGGGACCAUCUGACAGUACGAGGAGGAAACCAGAGACACCACCACAUCAUCAGCUUCUCAGCAUCGCAUCUCAUCAGGCAAUUAGAAAAUAAAACCCACCACUUAAAUGAAACAGAAACACACACAUGCUUCAUGAACACUCCACACUCCUGACCAGUUUCUCUUCUUAAAGUGUCACAAUACAUGUAGCUGUUAUUAGACAUUACCAUCCAUGUAUGUUAAUUUUUUAGCAGGUCGUCUGUGUUGUUAAAUCUUAAUAAAAGAAAAUCAUUAAUUAAUUCCACCAUUUCGGCAAUAGGCAGAGAAUUGCACUUUUAAAAAGAUUUCCUGAAAAGAAAAAAGUAGAGUUUCUGUUGUAUUUACUAAAACAAGACUCUUCAUGUCCCAGUCAGAAGGUCUUAUUACAUGAUUUUUGAAGUCAUUGUUGUGGAAAAAAACGCUUUAGAGCCUUUAAACUCCACUUUGACAGCUCUUUCCUAUAUCUACAUAAUGAAAAGCAAAAGAAAAAGGAUCAGGUGUGACAGACACAUACAAAUAUAUGCAUGUUCAUCAUAAAAAUGUCUGUGUUGGAUAAAAAGUGGCAUUAGGUGCUUGUUCCGGCAUCGCAUGACACCUUUUGUAAACUACCCUCCUGCUGGUUUCAAUGCUUUAUAAGAGUGUGCCAUUUAUAUUGUUUUAUAUGUCAUGCCUGUUUGGCUGCAGCGAUACAUAUAAAAUGUAAGAGUCAAGAAGCAUAGAUAGGUCGCAGUUGUAGUUGCAUAUUUUUUACAUCCAUACUAUUUGUAGCUUUGUAGUUUCUGUUGUAUUUGGCACAUGGAGUAUAUAUUUGCAUUCAUGCCUCUUGUUGCACUUACCCAUAAUAUGAUAUAAGUAUGAAUCUGAAACAUUUUGAGGACUGGAAAAAAAUUCAUUGACAUUUACGACCAUUUAAUUAUUUAGUUAAGGUUAAGUCUCUGUUCAGGAACCGGUUUCAACUUUUUAAAGAUGUUUCUGGAGCCUUGUUACUGGUGAACACAAACUGAACAUCAAAAGAUUUAUGGAGAAUUUUUAUCACAGGACUGUUGGAUUAGUGUUAGUUUCUAAUAAACUGACAUCUGAGUGUAUCAGUAUUACGCAAGCUCACCGUAGAAGGUAGACACAGUACAGUUUAUUGAUAUUCUUUCAAUGUCAUGUCCAUUGUGAUGUUAAUCCUUUUUUUAUGAUUUAUACCAUGAACUCUAGAAAACAUGUAUGUGAUGUUUCAUGCUGAACAGAAAUAAAUCACGUGCCUUAGUGUCAAAAUCCAAAAAGUGCAUCAAGCUUCAAUAAAGUACCUCUAAUUCA